CAUACGUCAACUGACCAUCAUUUCGAACUGCCACAACUAACGCAACCGCACGUUUUAUUAUUAAUGUCAUAAUAUUUUUUAAUAUUUAUUUUUAAAGACACCAUAAAAAAUAAAACGCGCAAAUUCCAAAUGCAACUUAGGAAAACAUAGUGAUAUUUGUAUAAUAACAUUAUGAAUUGAGAGAUACGAAUAGGCUUUUAGUUCGAAAGUUGAAAUGGAGGCGAUGAUUGACCCAGUGUUGGUGACGUCACUGCAAGUAGGUCGCCGCGAGGUGACCUGUUUGGACACUACUUGUGGGCGUCUGGUUGCGGGCAUAGGAGAUGGAACGCUAAAACUCUGGCGAUGGAACCGAUCCUCAGGCUGGUUACUGCUCGCUGAACAAAAGCGUGCACAUCGAUAUGGUGUCACAGGAACACGCUUUGCCACUUCCGGAGUUCUACUUGCAACAGUUGGAAUUGAUGGUGCUGCAAGAAUAUGGUCUGCAUAUGAUGGUCUGCUUGAGAAACGUACCUUGGCUGGUCCGGAUACGGCAGCAGCGAGAUCUUUGCAGUGGGCGUCGAGCGAACAAUUGGCUGUUGGACACGAUGACGGAGGGGUUCGGGUAUGGGAUGUCCGCGGUGGAGCGUUGCUAGCAUACAUACGACCUCAUGAAGGGGCAGUUUACGCGCUAGCAACAUUGGCUUAUAAUGCUCUCUUACUUACUUCUUGUUCUGAUGGUGUUUUAAAAGUUUUUGAUUUUCAAGAAGUAACUGCGCAUGGAAACGACGGCACUGCAGGACCAACACCACUUUUUUGGGAAGAUGGAGCUCAUGAUCUGGGAGCACAAUGUAGUACGGAAUGUGGUAGCGAUGCAGCUACUGGCGGACACGACGGACGCGUGCGUAUUUGGCGGGUUUUGGGUGUAGGACGACAGAGACGAGUCGAAGCAGAUGUAACUUUGACUGGUCACACAGCUGCUGUCACAUCCUUGAGAUGGAAACGUGACCUUCUGACAUCUGCGUCACUAGAUCGCACUGCGAGGUUAUGGUCUGUCAGCUCAACCGUUUGUCUCCGAGUUUUACAUGCACAUUCACGUUACCUUACAUGUAUUGCUUUAUCAAUGGAUCUGAGAUAUAUAAUAACGGGUUCAAACGAUAAAACAAUACGGACAUGGUCUUUGGGCGUCUUCUCUAUAGAUGAUGACAUUCAACCGGAAUGUAAUCAUAUUGUACAUUUCGGACUUGGUGACCUGGAGGGAAUCGGUCCAGUAGAUGACGAUAUUGAAGAUGCUAAUGACACAGUGGUAUGUACUAGUAUAGGAACACAUCGCAUCGACCGCGUGCAUCAUGCCUCAGCCAUUAAUUGCAUUGCUGCUUCCCAGUCUUUAAUCGCAACUGCCUCCAGGUAUCCACGAUUUUUAGUUAUUAAAAUAGUACAAAAUCUCCAAUAUGUGCACUUAUAUACUGUGACAUUUCUUAGUGAUGGAUCCGUAAAAAUAUUCAGAUGGUUUUGGAAAGAUGAAGGUUUUAAACUUAAUCUAGAGUUGGAACUAUCUGCUCACACUUAUCCAGCUUUAGCCGUCGAUUUUGGAGCAAAUGAUGCACUUUUACUAAGUGCUGGGCUUGAUGGCUGUGCGCGGCUUUGGGAUAUUAUGUCAGGCUGUGAGUUGCUUGUUUUGACGGCGGACAGCAGUCAGUGGCGCGGGGAUGGCGGUGGUGGUGUAAGAGACGCUCGAGUGUCUCCUCACCGUCCACCGCUGAUGCUGCUAUCCAGUGAUGAUGGGUUCACAGCAUUGUGGGGCAUAGAACAAACAAGCCCGGACCCGAUACAAGUAUAUCCAGGUCUUGUAGAAGCAGCGUUAUGUUGUGCAUGGUCUGCAGACGGUGCACUCGCGGUUGCAGGAGGAGCAGCUGGUGAAUUACAGCUGCUCGCUCCUCCGCGUCCAGACUGUUUGUAUCAACAAAGUGACGCACAUGAUCUUGGAGUUCUUAGUUGUGAUUUUGCACCCAUUUCCCACAAUCAUGCGUCCGAAAGUGAAAAUAAAACGUACCUUCUCGCAACGGGAGGCCGAGAUGCUCUAAUAAAAUUGUGGCAAAUAACUUCGGAAGUUGAAAACGAGCACAUUGAAUGUGUAUCAUUGAAGCUCGCAAGAGCUCUAGCAGCGCAUGGCAGUGCAGUGCAAUGUGUCCGUUGGGGUCAGUUUGGUCGAUAUGAGAAUGAGUUGGCACUAGCCACAGGUGGUGCAGAUCGUUGGGUUCGCGUGUGGCGUGUAACUGAAACUAAAUCGGGUCUGGAAGCUAUAGCGACAGUGUCAGUGCCUGCGGGAGCUGCAGGAGGCGCGCCAGCUGUGCGUCUUUUAGCCUACGAACGUACGUCACUGCUAGCCGUUGGAUCAUUAUCCGGUACACUUGCUUUGUGGCAACUUCCAAAUACCGAUCUCAUGGAAGAAUGUGAGGGAGCAGAACCACGAUUUUGGAGCAUAAAUGGUGUCUUGAGAUGGUUAUAUGAAUAUAUUACAAGGUCAAACGAGGAUACAGAUAAUGUAGAAGUCAUAGAAAAGCGUCUGACUGAAGCAGCACGAACCUCACAAAUGACAGGCGCUCGACUACUGGAUGACCCUCUUGAAGAGUUAAUGAAGGCUUUUGGUUACGAAGAUGAAAAUGACGAAGAAAACACCGCAAACGAUGAAAACACCGUCAUACGUGACAGGCUAAUUGAUGAAAUACUUUGGUUACGCAGGGAGCCCAUGAACCUCGAGCUGGAGUCAUCGAUCCCGCACGCACUACGAUGUCCGAUAUCGCACGAAGUGAUGACAGAACCAGCGCGAGCUGCUGAUGGUUUCACCUACGAACGACAGACCUUCCUUGACUGGUGCCUGGCUACCGGACCAGAGGCGGUACGGUCACCGGUAACCGGUCGUCGCCUACGUAGUUCGGUUGUGGCCCCAAACAGAAAGUUGCGCGAGCGACUUCGAGAACACUGCGCUUGGAAACGGUAGUCAUAUUAUUAAAAAAUUAUGUCGGAUGAAUAUUUAAAAAAAAAAAAUUUUUUUUGUGAAUUUGUAAAUUCAGAUAAUGCAUAUUUGUGUUUUAUAUAAUGUUACAACUUUUCUCUUCUAUAUCUUUUUUGGAACACUCAUUGAUAUUUAAUAUUUUCAAGCAAGGCUACUUAUAAUUUACGUAUAUAAAUACAAGUGGCGGUUACUCUUGUAACACAAAUAUACCGUACAAAUUGUUGUC